AGAUAACAAUUCGAGACGAUGUGCGAUAACUUGAAUAUUUCAACCAUGGUUCUAACAAUAACAAUUAACGCUACUAUUCAAUUUUCAUUUUUCAGAAUUAUUCAUAUUGUGUUCAAUGUUCAUUAAUAUAGUACUUACAUACUUGUCUAUGUAUUAACGUUUGCAUCAGCCGUUUUGUCUAAACUGGCUUUAAUUAAAGCCCUAAGAAGAUGGCUCAAUUAAAAUCGUGGAUAUCGCUUCCUCUCGGUUUACCAACAAAUGAAUUUCAAGAACUCAUACAAAAAACGAAAGAUUGGACUCUUAUGCAUGGAGGUGGAAUCAGAUCUAAGCACCAUUUCAGUAGCGAUUCGUUAACAGUGGUGCCAUUUACAUUAUUGCCUUCAGUUUUCCCAAGAGACGAAUUUCAAAAGGCGUUGAACAUACAGCCAGUUCUUAAUGAACUUACGCAUAUGGUAUCUCGCGACUAUGAAUUUUUGCAAUCAUGCUUAGAAAAAACAAUUGAAGUGGAUGAAUUCACCAACAAUUUAUAUAAAUUAUAUGAAACGGUUCGAGAAGAAGGUUUUACGCAGUGUGGUGCUUUACAGUCGAAAUGCCUGGGACUAUUAAGAUCUGACUACAUGUUAGAUGUUUGUCAUUCGUUAUCAGUGAAACAAGUCGAAAUGAAUACAAUUGCAUCAAGUUUUGGUGGAAUGACAUCCUCAGUGCUAACUCACAGAUUUGUUUUACAACAAUUGGAUUUAUUGGAUACAUUUAAAUUGUUACCUGAAAAUAAAGCUGUACAAGGCCUGUGUUCAGCAAUCAUCAAAGCGUGGGAACUAUUCAACGAUGAAGAUUCGGUUGUAUUAGUGAUCAUCGAAGACAAAUCAAUAAACAUAUGCGAUCAACGUUUUCACGAGUUUGAAUUAACUCGUCAAAAACCUGAAUUGCGUGUUAUUCGAAAAACACUAACACAGAUAUCGAAUGAAGCAAAACUUACAGAAUCCAAAGAUCUCAUAGUUCAAUCAAAAAAAGUAGCUGUUGUGUAUUAUAGAGCUGGUUACUCACCAGACCAUUAUCACAGCGAUGCCGAGUGGUCAGCGCGAUUGUUAAUUGAACGUUCUACAGCGAUAAAAUGUCCCAAUAUUCAAUACCAUUUGGCGGGAACCAAAAAAGUACAGCAGUCAUUAGCGAUUCCAGGCAUGCUGGAACGUUUUAUUAAAGAUCCCGCAAAAGUUGCUGAUGUUCGAGAAGUUUUUACGGGUUUAUAUUCUCUUGAUUUGGACGAAAGCGGUGACAAAGCUGUUAAAUUGGCCUUAGACAAUCCUGAAUGUUAUGUAUUGAAACCUCAGCGAGAAGGAGGUGGCAAUAAUUUUUAUGGUGAAGCUAUUAGACAGAAACUCAUGAGCUGUAUAAAUUCUAAAGAACGAUCAGCAUGGAUAUUGAUGGAGAAAAUUUGUCCGCCAGUUCAGCAAAAUUAUCUAAUAAGACCAGAACAGGAUUUCACGAAAAAUUCUACUUUGAAUGACGUCAUUUCUGAAUUAGGCAUUUUUGGAACUAUUCUUUGUGAUGGCGAUACAAUUUUACUUAACGAACAAGUCGGUCAUAUGAUGCGUACAAAGUUAACAUCAUGUAAUGAAGGAGGAGUUCAUGCAGGUGACGGAGUAUUAGAUAGUCCAUUUUUAAUUGAUUUGCAAAAAAAAUAAAAAAUAUUUUUCUUUACACUGUUGAUAUUUUUAUAUUUUAUGUUUUUAUAUUAUAAUAUCCAAUUAACUUAUGUUUAUCCAAUCUAUUUAAUUUAUUAAAAUCUAUUACAUUGUUAUUUUUUCAUAAACUAUUUUUAAUUAAACGGAUAUACAUAUUUCAUUAUUAUUAAAUAAACUGUCAAUGUUGAUAUUUUCCAACAAUAAAUUUAUAUAAUUGACCAUA